ACCAACAACAACAUACAGCUGUUAAAUACAAGUUCAUUAAAAGAGAAUCAAUAACAAAUUCAAUUAUCGGCAAUUUAGUCAAUGAUUCUGUAAUGAGGAUGUUGAGUGAUGCGUUCAUUGGUGAUUCUCAUACGACUGGUGAGUGGCGAGGGUGAACCAUUUCGUUCAGGCCAAGCGUAGUCACUGCCUGCCACCUACCUGCCUCUCUCCUUCCCGGUUUAGCUACGAGGGAGAACCCCAGUGAAGAGUAAGCAUUGUACUGUUGCGGUGUGAAGAGCGUGAUGAUUCUUCCUCAGACCAGAUUACUGUCAUCCUAUUGGUCUGUUCGCCUAAAAUCUGUGACAAAGUUAUAUGGAUUGCUCACUGGAAGCAUCAGAGGCAUAGCUUGUUCACCACAGCAAGCCAAUGAGCCUUGGAUAACUGUCACACCACGCAUCUGCCUCCACGAUGUUCCCACCACUCUCAAGGCAGGUGGUCUGUCUCCACACUCUCCAGUCACACUCUCCGCCAGCCUCAUCGAUGAGAAGGGUACAGAGUUCUGCUCCUGCGCCCACUACGUGACUGAUGGAGCCGGCAAUGUUGAUGUGCGGACUGCGGAAUCCGUGGGUGGGUCCUACGAAGGAGUGUUUCCGGCAGGAUUGCUCACCACACUGUCGCCUGCUCCACAUGAAUUCCAGUCCCACAGGCUUUUCCGUCGCGAUACCUCUCUGCCCUGGAAGAUCCAGGUGAGUGUCCUGGACGCUCACCAGCCACCAGGGACAAAGGCAGACGUGAUGGCAAAGGUCGAAAUGGAACGACUCCUGAUGGCCCCCGGGGUACGACGGCUACCUGUGCGCGAGGGGAGGGUGAGAGGGGCUCUAUAUUUGCCCCCAGGUGAUGGACCCUUCCCGGGGAUUGUUGAUAUGUUUGGUUCUAUUGGCGGACUGAUGGAAUUCAGGUCAGCUCUACUGGCGUCACGAGGCUUCGCGAGUUUAUCUCUGGCAUUCUUUGAUUACGACGACCUUCCUAGUACGACAGAGAACUUGGACCUGAGUUACUUUGAAGAGGCAGUGGAGGUGUUGCUGGCAGUACCAGAAGUCAUACCAGACAGGUGUGGGGCCGUGGCCAAUAGUAGAACUGGUGACAUACUCCUGAGUAUGGCUACGCUACUACCCGCUGUGAAGGCUGUGGUCGGUGUCAGCUGCUCCACCAUAGCACUUGGAUCUGCUCUAACCUACAAAGGCAAGGUCUUCAAGCAAGGCCUGAAUAUGGACGAAUUGACCCUAGAGCAAACUAAUAGAGGGCCCUGGGUCGGCAACCUUCAACAGUAUUUCACGACAGACAAUCCAGCUAUGAUCCCUGUAGAGGAGGCAGACGAGGAUACCCACUUCCUUUUGAUUGCUGGAGAAGAUGACCCUUGGGGAUUUAAACACUCUCUCGCUCCCUUCCGAGAACGGAUGCUAAGCAAUAACAAGCACAACUUCGAGACAAUUUUGUACCCCGGCACAGGUCACAUCAUAGAGCCUCCCUACAACACACUGAAUAACCAGUCCUUCCAUCGGCACCUUCCCAGCAAAGAGCACUUGACAAAAGGUAUAAUUUUUCAGUGGGGUGGAAAUGCUCAGGAAACAUGCACCGCACAGGAGGAAUUCUGGCACCGUAUGCGUACCUUCCUGAUGAACCAUGUGCAGGAUGAGAGUCCUUGGUACCAACACUACCUCACCCAGUACACCCCAAAUGCACCUCCAAACUAAAUGCACCGUCAUGUAGCCAUGAGUGUGAGUCAACCAUUCACACAAAGGUUUCCAUUAAAGGUAAUAUAGUAGCUUUGUACAAUAGAAAAAAAUAGAAAAAAAAAACGGUAUGUAACAAGACUAUGAAGGGCAAGGUGAACAAGACUAUCAUUACAAUGUACCACUUUUUUCCAGUGAUACACAUUCCAUGGCACUCUGAUGAAAAAUACUUCCAUUUCACAUCUUCCUUCUACCUUAUAAUCACGCACACUUUCUAAUAUUAUUCUCAACUUAAUUAUCUCACAAUUUUUUCUUGAAAUACUAUAACUUCACUCUUCAUAACAUAUUAUGGUAGUACACUACCUCUCAUCUCACUCACACACACACACACACACACACACACACACACACACACACACACACACACACACACACACACACACACACAU